UUGUGGCCAUCAGGAAUCACCAGACCACAUGAUAUGUAUAAGUUGAACUUGUAAGAGAUAGGAUAGGGCUUAGUGUCCAGAACAAGCCAUGGCUACCGCAAGCUCACAUCUAUUACUCCACACUCUCUCACCCCGUCGCGUGCACAAUGGCCUUUCUCCCUCCUGCAAGUUCACCACUAGUUCUAAACCUGCUCCGCCAGCUCGCACCGUGGCAUUCACCGGCCGGAGAAAUUUGUUGUUCUUGUUGACGGCAACCACGACACUGAAGGCCGUGGAACUGCCGUCAACGGCCGCCGACAUUCCGCUGUUUGGACUGAGAAAGAGGCUUGUUGAAGUGGAGGAGGUAGCGGAGGAGAAGCUCAAGGAAGGAAUCGAGACAGCGGAGAAGGAGGUCGAAACGGUGGAGAAGGAGAUCGAAACGGUGGAGAAGGAGAUCGAAUCCGGGGGGUUGGCCCAGGCUGGUGCGGUGGCGGUGGCAGAGUUUAUUGGGGUCGUGGUUGCUACUUCUGUUGUGAAUGGUAUUUUGGGGCCUGAAGCUCAGAAAUCAUGAAACUCAAUUGCUACCUGUAUCUAACCCACCUAUGAAUCCAUUCAGCGUUGUCAUUAAAAUGUAUCAAAUCCACCGCUAUAGUCUCUUUUUUUCAUUUUA